GAUUGUUAAACGUGAUAGUGCGUCGCGAGGUUUCCGUCUUCGUCUCCGUUUGCGGUGUUUUGCAUUUAAGUUUUGCGCCUGCCUUGUCGUUUCGUUAUUUAACUCGGUGUUUUAAAUAAAAUUUGAUUUCAAGACGGUUUAAGGAGUUUUAUAAAACUGCCUUGCAAAUUGAUUUCGUUGUGAUUUCUCAAGUGGAUUCGCCAGUGAUCACUCUGUGUGCAGUACGCAAAAUAAAACGCUAUACAAUUUUAAAAUUAAUCACAAGAAAUUGUAUGCGUACGAAUAGUGUUUAAAUCAAGUGAAAUAUUUCUUGCGAAAAUUUGCAAAAAAUUUUUUGUUAAUUCAAACAUUUGCGGAAACGGAAAGUGUUUUUCAGCGCAGCAACAACACGCACACACAUACAUAGGCAGGCUGGCAGACAGCGCCUGAAAGUGAUAAAGGAAACGGAGGAAGAGAAAAGAACGAUAACGGAGACACGUCUCUUUGGGCUCUUACAGUCGCUUUAUAUUUCAUGUGAACGCCCCCAAUAACUUUGUUGCAAUAUAAAGUGCGCGGCAAGAACUUUGCAUAUACGAAUUAUAAUGAAUUAUCAACCAGUACCCUACUAUUUUAUCUUAAACUAAAGUCACAAAACGAAUAUCCACAUUAAACACGAGUCCACAAAAAAAUUAAAAAAAAAAAUUUUAUUUAAUAAUAAAAGCUAGAUAUGUGAAUAACACAUAUGACGUAGUUAGCAAGCGAAUAAAAUAUACAAACGAACGGUUUUUUGUUUAUUUUUUGUUCACUUUUUUACAUUAAAUAAUUACUUAAUAUAUAUUGAUAAAAUAAAAACGCGAAACUUUUAAAAACGAGCAAUAAUUAAUAAAUUUUAAUAAAACUGAAAAACGAACGCUUAAAAGCAUAGUCGGUCGGUUAGUGUAUUAAUUGUAACCAAAAUAGUAUUUUUUAAAGACCCACAAAAAUGGCAAUGCUCGAGGCCCGGCCUUAUCGGCCUUUCAAAUCGAGCGAGGAAUACUUGGAGGCGAUGAAGGAGGACUUGGCCGAGUGGUUGAGCACGCUCUAUCCAGAUUUAAAUAUAAAUGCGGAGAAUUUUAUGGAUCGUCUAGAUACUGGAGUCGCACUAUGCAAGCACGCGAACUAUGUACGCCAAGCGGCUGAGGAUUACUUGGCUCGCCGUCAGGCCCGCAACAAAUCGAUGACGCGCUCAAUGACUUCCGGCUCGGCCGGCCCCAUUCUCGCCAUGGGUAAUGUACAUUACUUGCCAGCAGCUAAAAGCGGAACAUUCUUUUCACGCGACAAUGUGUCCAAUUUUAUAACCUGGUGCAGGAAAAGCCUUAAAAUAAUCGAGUGCCUACUAUUCGAAACGGAUGAUUUGAUAAUGCGAAAGAACGAGAAACAUGUGAUCCUUUGUCUAUUGGAAGUGGCGCGUCGCGGCGCUAAGUUUGGUAUGCUCGCACCCAUGCUGGUGCAGAUGGAGCGGCAAAUCGAUCGAGAAAUCGCCGCCGACAACAAAGCGAAUGGAAUUGGGUGUGGCACACAAACAGACAACGCCGAUGCGACUGGCACACAAACCGAGAUCGGCAUCAAUACCGAUAAUGUCGCCACAGAAACCGAUAUGUUCGACAGCGAUUCGGAGAAUGAGGACGACGACGAUAAUAGCCCGAUGCUGAUGUAUGGCCCACAACCGCAAAUUAUCACCAACGAUUUGAAGAGUUUGGAUGAGAUGGUCAGAGAUUUGGUCGAGAAGUGUACGUGUCCAUCGCAGUUCCCAAUGGUACGCGUGUCGGAGGGCAAAUAUCGAAUUGGCGAUACGAAGGUGUUAAUAUUUGUACGGAUUCUACGCUCUCACGUUAUGGUACGUGUCGGCGGUGGUUGGGACACGCUGGCCCACUAUCUGGAUAAGCACGAUCCUUGCCGUUGUAAAGCACAGCAUCGUUCAUCAGUUGCAGCACGCCUGGUGCCACGCACCACCAACCAAACUAACGGAGGCAUUGAAUUGCACAAAGCACAAGUCAUCUAUGAGCGCUCACCGCCGUCUACGCGUAAAAUUAUUUCCAACUUCAACAAUCAGGCUGCCGGCAAUGGAUCCGCAACAUCAUCGCCCAUUUCCAACAAUAACUCAUACAAUUUGUCACCCAAUUUCGGCAAUAAUAAUAAGCAAACCAGUCGCAGUCCCACGCCUCAACGUAAGUUUCUUAAUCACCACAAUACUGCGAAUGCAACAGAUGGCGCUGUUGGAGAAAAACUUUUAACAGCAAAUGGCACAAAUGGUGCUGCAACAUUGUCGCCUUCACCAAAUUUAGCACGUCGUUCCAUGUCGCCCAGCCCGCGCCGACUUAUUGAUAUGCGUAAGAAGCAGAGCUCGUUGGAUUCAAGUAACGGUAGUGGUCCCAAAUCCUUGCCAAUUUGCAGUGAAACCGUGGGCAAUCAUAUACAAUUUGAUGGACUCAACUAUACGGCUGGACAAACUGAGAAUGCCGUUACGCAAGUGGGAACCGGCAACACGGAUGCCAGCACAAAUGGCACAAACAAUAAAUUCGAAAAUAUCAGUGACAAUGGCAGUGAAAUCAGCGAUGAGGGCUACCGUAGUCUGGGUGUGAUACAAUCAAAUGCCCAAAAGCGUGAGUCACUGCACAGUCAGGCUUCGGUGGAGGACGCUGAAAGUAAUGCGCGUCUUGAUCAGACCUCCAGUGAUUCACAACUAUCACCAGUCGAUGAUUUGACCAUAUCUAACAAGGCAGUCGAUAUACUUGGCUCCGAUUUUAACAGCACACCUAUAGAGCUGAAUAUUGAUGCUGGACCGCAGUCACUGCCAGCUGUACUCACCACACCGGCACAAAAUUGUACGCAAAUGAAUUUGGCAGAUAAUUUCGAACGAUCAGGAAUCUUUAUAACCGACGAUGAAAUCACUGUUGAUGUGGCAAAUGCCACGGGUUUGCGCAAAACUGGAUUUUCCAACAAGAUUUUCGGCGGCGAUGAUGUUACCGAUAACAGUGUCGCAACGAGUAAGGAACCAAAAGAUAAUAAUGUGGGUAAAAGUAGUAAAAUACCACGCUCGCCAGUAGCGCCGCGCCGACGUAGUCUCGACAACAGCAAUUGCAGCAGCGCCAGCAUGCAGGACAUUUCGACGCGUACCGGCCUGCCGGUAUUCAACCGCAAACAGCCCGUUUACCGUUCCGUACGUCGUCCGGCCACCGAAAUCAAUAGGAAUAGUGACAAUGUAUCCGCCGCAGCCGCGACGCGUAAAUCAACAACACCGCCUGUGCGUGAGGUCACAAACACUUGGAGUGGACGCGCCGCAGCCGGCAAAAAGCGCCCGACACUCAAUGCCGACACCUUCACUGCGCACAAUGGUGCCGCAACACCCAGCAGCGGCAAUGCCUUCGAACGUAACACACGCACACGCUCCUCUCAGAUACUUUACGACAGCAAUGGACGUCGCGUACGCGGUUGCACGGCCUCACUUACCACCUCGCCGGUAAAGAACUACAAUACGUCACCAUUGGCGCAACAACUACUCGAAGCGGCCAGCAGCGCCAAAAAUGAUGCACAUUUAGAAAAAAUGAAAGUAUUACUCUCACGCUAUUCCAGCAACAGCAAUGCGCCCAAUGGCAGCGUCACAAAUGCCAGAACACCAGCUGGCGGCAACAGCAACAAUAAGAAGCCCGUCUACGAGGACUUCACAUCAGCCUGGGUGCACAGCAAUGGCAAUCUGGAGCGUUCCAACAGUUGUUCGCCACCCACAAAAAGUCUCUCGAAACGCAGCUCGGCCGCCUCCUCCACAGAGAGCACACAAUCGCGCGAGGUGGCUUCGGUCAUUGUUUCGCCGCGACGCGAUCGCGGUUUAUCCAAAAUUCCAGCACCGACACGACAACACACCGAGCUGUACUAACACACGAUGCAAAUGCCCGCCAGGCUGCGCAUACAGCAGAGGGCAAUAAUGUUGCAGCAACGAAAAAGACAAGUGUAAGAAGUGUUUGGAGUAGUGCUGGUCGAGGAAGUACCCAAUGCAGCCAAGCAUUUUACCCGUUAACGUUAAUUAUGUAUGUCUGUAGGUAGUUUUAUAAUUUUCUAAGCUGUAGUGUGAAAUUUUAAAAUGGAAAGUAAUAUUUUUUUUCUGGUUAUGGCAACCGAAAAAAGUUUAAUUAUAAUUUUUAUACGAAACUAAUUUUUAUAUGACAUUAAUUUUAUUACUGCACAAUUUCGGUUUUUAUUUUUGUUUUUUUUUUUUUUUAUUCAAAGCUCUUCUAACAACGGACAGUAAAGGUAAAUGUAAUUUUUUUAUAUGAAUUCCGCUUUUGUUUGCGUGAAUAAAACGCUUAGCCGUACUUCUAUGUUAUGUUUUAUUAGCAAUGCGUACGCCACGGCGUGUACUUAUCGCGGAGAUUUUUGAAGAAAAAGCUUUUCUCACGUCAGUGAUGUGCAAUUAUGACAAGCAAAACACUAUUAAUAUCAAAAAAAGUUAAUUUCAAAAUUUUAUAAAAAUUAAUGAAAAUACUUUCUUUUGUUGAAGCGUUCGCACUAAUUGUACAUACCAUAUAUUGUACUAGUAUAUUAUAUAAAAAUAUAUAACUGUCACAAAUGCCUAAAAUAUAAACAUAUAUGUAUGUAUACCAAAAAUAAUUUACAAACACAUGUUGAAUACAGUAUUUUCUUUAACUAAACCAGUCACAAUUAGCAUAAACCAACGGGAUCUGCCACAGCGUAAUUAAUAGUUUUCCAGGAGCUUAGCACUGACAGCUUGAAACUGACAAUUAACGGCAAUAAUUUGUAAUAAAAAUGAGAAUUAUUGUAAAAAUGUUCUAUGCGGAUUUCACAACAAAUUCAAGGAGCAAAAAAUAGAGGCUGGCAAAUUAAUUUAUAUUUAAUUUAUAUUUUAAUUUACUUUUUACAAUAAUAGAAGAUUAUAAUAGAGACUUAAAUAUGUAUGAACAUGCAUAUAUGUACAUAUGUAUGUAUAUAUUUUUUAUUUAUUUAUUUUAUUGUUUAAUUUCAGUUUUUUUUAUUAUUACUUUUUAUAAUAUUUAUUUUUCUUUUAGUUUUUUAUUAUUUAUGUACUUUGUCUUCCUUAUUCGAAUAAUAAAUAUGGUGUUUGUUGUGAAUUCGCUUAAAGUGAGUGCAUAGAACAUGAAGUCGGCUAUUUUAUACCGAAAAAAACUAAAAAAUACUCGUAAACGCAUACAUAUGUAUAUACCAUGUAUACAUAUACAUAUAAGUAUACAGUGGCAUAAAACAAAAAUAUAUCACAAAUAAGCACUUUUUCUGACCGCAAAUGAGAUUACUAAAAUAAAAUAUUAAAAAUUAAA